AUGAAUUUGUUUGCCAGCUCAUGGGCACCCUUGCUUGCAGCUAUCUUGGCUUGCUUUUUUGCUUCGGUGGAAGCGUCCAAGAACUCUCCCACAAAGCAUGCAAAGCCAACAUUCACAUUUGACCAGCUUUGGGAUCUUGAAAAGACAUUUUGGGAUGCUUUCCUUUACCCUGCCAACUUGAAGCAGACACAGGGCAAUUCGUCUACCAUAUUUGCUUCCGAUGUUCAAGGGCGCGUUGACAUUACCCGCACUUUUGAUGGAGACGAGCUCAACCGCGAAUAUAUUUUCGGCCUCUUUUCAGAUCCAGUACAUGUCAGUCUUGUCGGUGUCCCAAUAGCAUACAACAUCACCCAGUUUGCCGCCAACGAUAAUAUCGCUUCUGCGACUACCGUGGUAACCUUCAACGCAACCACCUUCGGAGUUCUCAUCCCCGUCACAAUCGAUACAUGGAUUGAGUUCAACAAAGACGGAAAGAUUGCCCAAUACGAUGCCGUGUUCCGUUGGUUUGAGUACCUAGUUGACUUCCUGAUCGGAGGCGUGGCAACGAAGAUCAAUGCCACAUCCCCGGACCAGGCUGUCGCAUAUGUGGCUGAUCUGCUAGCAAAAACGAUUUGCGAGACCCACGAACAACAUUGCACAGGAUCAAAUCAGCAGUAUACAGAUAGUGCUAGUUGUUAUGACUUUUUGACCAAGAUCGCACGGUUUGGAAAAAGCUAUGAGCUGGGUCGGAAUACCUUGCUGUGUCGGGAGGUUCAUGAGCAUAUGGUGCAGUACCGGCCCGACGUGCACUGUGCCCACAUUGGACCUGGCGGGGGUGGGUACUGCGUCGAUGAUAUGAGCUACGGGCAGACUGUGCUACAAAGGUACUUUAAUGAUUCGUGGAUUCCAUAUGGAUAUGGGUUGGACCAGAAUCUGUGGUUAAUCAACUAA